AUGGCUGAGAAAAUGGAUCGUGGCCUUGACGACAUCAUUGCUGAAAAGACGGCCAGACCCAGCCUGACAGUACCGUCCAGCGAAGCAGUGAUCCUCGAAACCGACGCGGCCCCCGAGAUAAUCGCCGUCGCGAUCGUAAUGAUGAUUAUCCCCGGGACGGGCGAAUGGGUUCACGACCGAUACGACGAUAGCGAAUCUCGCCGCGGCCCCGCACUUCGACGCCGACGCGAAUUCCCAGCCAACUGCGACAGUGACAAUCGAGGAUCCAAAAUCCGGGUCGAGAAUAUCCAUUACGAUCUCACAGAGGAGGAUCUAGACGAACUCUUUGCUAGAAUUGGUCGUGUCUCCAAGCUCAACCUGCGAUAUGACCGCGCGGGGCGCUCAGAAGGCACCGCAUAUGUCACAUAUGCGCAAAGGGAAGAUGCUGAGGAAGCUAUUAGGCAGUUUGAUGGUGCAAACGCCAAUGGACAACCAAUCCGCCUCACGCUACUCCCAUCACGGAAUCCAUUCGAUACUGCCGUCAUGCCUAGCCGUCCACUGGCGGAGCGAAUUUCGGCCCCUGGUGCCAGAGCCCGCUCCACGUCUCCUCGACGCAGACUUGAAGACGAGGACGCCGCCCGCAAGGGAAUUGACAGAUACAUUCCCGGAAGACGCUCCAGGAGCCCCAUGUCCCGACGCGGCGGUGGUCGCGGAGGACGUCGUCCCGGCGCUCGACGUGAUGGCGGGAACGUUAACGAAGGGGCUCGGGGCGGUCGUGGCAGCACACGCGGAAAGAAGACGCAGCAAGAACUCGAUGCUGAGAUGGCAGACUACUUUGGAGGAGGUGGUACUGACUCCAACGCGGCAGAUGUCCCGGCUAACAGUGCAGCGCCGGCCACUGAGCCUGCGCCGGCUGCCGGCAACGACGAUAUUGACAUGAUCGAAUAG